AUGCAGUUCAAGACCGUUGCCAUCUCUCUCUUUGUCGCCGUCGCCGCCGCCAGCGAUGACAUCACCUCCCUCGUCACUCAGGUCCCCGACUGUGCCCUGACCUGCCUCAUCACUGGUGCUUCCGACAUUGGCUGCACCGUCACCGACUAUACCUGCCAGUGCAGCAAGGCUGCCGAGCUCCAGGCCAGCGCCGGCCCCUGUAUCGACGCUGCUUGCAGCACCGCGGAUCAGGAGACUGCCCUCACCAUUUCCCAGGAGAUCUGCGAGGCCGUCGGUAUCACUGCCGACACCACCAGCGUCGGCUCUUCUUCCAACUCCACCGCCACCAUGACCUCUGGAACCUCCACCGCCACGGGCACGAGCUCCUCCAGCACCGCCGCCGUCACUGCCGGUGCCGGUCGUCUGGAGUUUGGCGCUCUCGCCGGAGCCGCCGCCCUGUUCGCUUUCGCUCUGUAA